CUAUGUUGCCCAGGCUUGUCUUGAACUCCAGGGCUCAAGUGAUCCUCCUGCCUCAACCUCCCAUGGCUAAUUUUUCUGUUUUUUUGAGAUGGAGUUUUGCUCUUGUUGCCCAGGCUGGAGUGCAAUGGCAUGAUCUUGGCUUACUGCAAUCUCUACCUCCUGGGUUCAAGUGAUUCUUUUGUCUCAGCCUCCUGAGUAGCUGGGAUUAUAGACACCCACCACCAUGCCCAGCUAAUUUUUAUAUAUUUUUUAGUAGGCACAGGGUUUCACCAUGUUGGCCAGGCUAGUCUCGAACUACUGACCUCAGAUGAUCUGCUUACCUCGGCCUCCCAAAGGUCUGGGAUUACAGGUGUGAGCCACCACAUACUGCUGCAAUUUUUAUUUCCUUUUUUUUUUUUUUUUUUUUUAGAGAUGGGGGUCUCACUAUGUUGCCCAGGCUGAUCUCAAACUCUUGGUCUCAAGUGAUCCUGCUAUCUUAGCCUCCCAAGUUGCUGGGAUUAUAAUUUUUCUUUUGUUCUAAGUCAAACCCAUCACAGUCUUUUCUUGUCCUUCCAGGUGUUUCCAGUGCUGGGCCCUGGAUGUGUUCUCUUUUCCUUAGAGCCCAGAGAACUUUUGUUUCCCUUCUUUAUAUGACCUGUAACUUUUUCUAACACAUUACAAAGGACCUGUGUCAGCCCCUUCAGCUGGGGGCACUCCUUGAAGGGAGGGCCUUUGUGUGGUCUGUUUCUAGUGACUUCCACCUUUAACCCAGAGCCUCAUGAUUCUGCAUAACGUGGAUGCCCAUAGCCUUUUUGUUGAAUGGAGACACUCAGUCUCUUUGGGAAAAGAGAAUUCAUGAUAGACCCACUGGGGAGCUCCCCACUUCAGGAGCCUCAGACUGGUAAAGUGACAGAAUGCCCAAGAGUGACCUCAUAAAGCAAGGAUUCCCUUUGUGGACCCUUCUCCACUGCCUCUCAGAAUCCAGAUGCUAAGGAAAAUCUCUAAGCAGAGAUUUUCUGUUGGUUGAUAAAAGCAAGGAAUAAAAGUUGGAAAUUUGGAAAAUGUCUCAACACCGUCACCAGAGCCUGUCGAAAGUCAGUUCUAGUUCACUGGUUACUACACUGACGGAAUUUUGCCCAACAUUCAAGAAAUUUAAGCGGAAAGAUGAUGAGUUUCAGGCAUUUGGAAAGAGAGUAAUAACGAGCCAUUUCUUUAAGAUAAUUAUGAUUUGUGCUGUCGGAUCUAAUGCCUUUUUAACGGCCUUGUGGACCAGUUAUGACAUCAGGUACCGCUUGUUCAGACUUCUUGAGUUCUCGGAGAUCUUCUUUGUGUCCAUCUGCAUCUCUGAGUUGGCCAUGAAAGUCUACGUGGACCCCACUGACUACUGGAAGGAUGGCUACAACGUGAUGGAUGUGGUCAUCAUCAUCAUUAUAUUUCUCCCCUAUACCACCCGCAGGUUCCUGGGCAAACAGUUCACUUACCUGUAUGUCGCUGAUGGCAUGCAGUCCCUGCGCAUCCUCAAGAUUAUCAGAUAUAGCCAGGGCAUCCGGAUGAUGAUCUCCGCCAUGAGGCAGACAGUCUACACUGUGGCCUCUGUGCUUCUCCUGCUCUUCCUACUCAUGUACAUCUUUGGUAUCUUGGGCUUCUGCCUAUUUGGAUCUCAAGACAGGGGUGACUAUGAUAACUGGGGGAACCUGCCCGUGGCUUUCUUCACCCUCUUCAGCUUGGCCACGGUUGAUGGCUGGACAGACCUGCAGAAGCAGCUGGACAAUCGGGGUUUUGCUUUGAGCCGGGCAUUCACCAUCAUCUUCAUCUUGCUCGCCUCUUUCAUCUUCCUCAACAUGUUCGUGGGUGUGAUGAUCAGGUACACAGAGGACUCCAUCAAAAAGUUUGAGCAAGAGCGGACGUUGGAGCGGAAGAUGACACUCAUGGAAGAGAAGCAGGUGAUUCUGCAGCGGCAGCAGGAGGACAUCAGCAGGCUGAUGCACAUGCAGAAAAACGCUGACUGCAAAAGUUUCAGUGAGUUGGUGGAGAACUUUAAGAAGACCUUGCGCCACACUGACCCGAUGGUCUUAGAUGAUUUUGCCACUAGCCUAGCCUUCAUUGACAUCUACUUUUCCACUCUGGACUACCAGGACAUGACUAUCCACAAGCUUCAAGAGCUGUACUAUGAGAUUGCACAUGUGUUGGGCCUGGUGCUGGAAGACUUGCCCCAGAAGAAGCCCCAGUCCUUGGAAAAGGUGGCAAAGAUGAAAGACAAAACCUAGGGUUGAUUGCCCCGGAUGUGGAGAAUGGACACCCUUGUCUACUUAUGGCAAUGCAAAUCAGUGUGGCCUUCUCAUAAGGCAACGUGGAUUAGAUCUCAUAUGUGCAUUUCUAGGUCCCAGUCAUUCUACUUCUUGAAAUUAUCCCAAGGAGCUAAAUAAAUGUCAAAUGUACAGAGAUGCAUGGAUAAGGAUGUUUACUGUGGCUUAUGAUAAUAGAAAUAUAAGGAAUCACCUAAAUGCUCAUUGGUGAGGAACUGGCUAUGUUAUUAUGAAUCCAUAGUUGUGGGCAUUAAAAGGAAUGAUUACACAAUAAAAAAGAUGUUCCUGAUAUUGUAUUGAGUGAAAAAAGUGGCUUUCUAGAGCAGCAUGGGAUCUGGCAUCCUUUUUGUAACAGCGAGUGGGCAUAUAGAAUGAAUGAGCACAUAGACACAUAUGUCUGAUGAAGGACGUCUGCAGGGAUAUUCAUAAAAAUAUUCAUAGUGGUUUGGGGGAUCUUAAUUUUGUCCUCACACUUUUUUGAAUGUUUUGCAUUUUAAGAAUGAGUAUGUAUUUUAUGAUCAGGAAAAACAACAGUUUUUACCUUGAAAACAUUAUACAUGCGUCUCUGUGGUAGGUGGAAGGGCAUUCUCUGCAGAAGGAACCAAAUGCACAAAGAAGAGAGGGUGGGAGCUCACUGAGGGUUUAGGGAGGGCGGAGAAGUCAGUGUGGCUGCAGCCUGUGCUGUGGAAUGGGCAGUGCGGGGACUGGAGGUUGGGGCAGUAAGCUGGAGCUGGAUCCUGAGGGUCUUACAUGCUCAGCAGGGCAGUUUGGCUUUUAAGGGAUGGGAAUAAUGGUAAGCAAAGCAUUGACUUGGCCAGAUUUCAUUCCCACUGCCUCUGAGGGUGGCUGUAUCCCCCUCACUUGGCAUCUGAGGCCCCUCUAUUCUCUCUAAUCUGUCUUGUCUUCCUCUUCCCAUGUCUCCCAGGGAUCCCCUUUGCCUGGCUCAGUCUCACCUCUACUCCUGCAUACCUAUCUGUUCUGUUAGAGGGGGCUGAGUACCAGGCCCCCUCUAACAGGAAGCCUUCCCAGAUUGCUCCCACUAGCCUUGAUUUCUCCUUUCUCAUACUCUCACCCUUGACCUUUCAUACCCUACCUUGAAUCAGACCUUAAUUCCUCUACCCAUAGAUAUUUCUUCUAGCACCAGCUGAGGGGGACUAUGGACUACAAGAUCAUCCCUAACACCUGGAUGCCAGUGACCAGCCUGCCUGAGAUAUGCCAGCUUUAGAAUCCUG